UCUCAUUCCCUCUCCAGGCUUUGCUGCAUAGACAGUCACUCGAACUCAAAAGAGAAACUUUCCGGUGUUUAUAGCACACUAAUUUCUCGUCCGAGCGCCGCAAUCGCCGUCGAUUUCUCCUACAUAGCGCCCGGGACACGAGCCGCUGAAGAAUCUAGGCGAAACGGUGUCGUUCCGUGUAGUUUUGGGGGCGAUUUGAGGCGAAAUCUGUCUGAGCAAUCUGGUCUCUGGUCUGGGUUUUGAGGCGUGGGAAAUUAGGGUUUGUUGGAUUUUUGGGGUACAAGCUGGCUAUGGACUACGAGCCUUUCGAUAGCAGUGGAACUGAUGAUGAUCUUCCUCCACCACAUCAAAAUAGAAUCCCCAGAGGAGGGCGUGUCGCUGGGAAUGGAAGAUCCGCUGUUGUAGGUUCCAUCCCAUACUCUAGAAUGUACGGUGAAACUGAUAUGGAGACCCAAAUUCACCAACUAGAGCAAGAAGCAUAUAGUUCAGUUUUAAGAGCCUUCAAAGCUCAAGCUGAUGCCAUUACUUGGGAGAAGGAAAGUUUAAUAACAGAACUUAGAAAAGAGUUAAGAUUAUCAAAUGAGGAACACAGAGAGCUUCUUGGCAGGGUUAAUGCAGAUGAUGUCAUCCGUAGGAUAAGGGAGUGGAGACAGGCAGGCGGGCUCCAACCUGGCAUGCUCACUACUGGUCAAGCUGUUCAUGAUCCCAUACCUAGUCCCACCGUCUCAGCUUCUCGCAAGAAACAGAAAAUAACCCAGUCAAUACCUUCUCAAUCCUUUGGUGGGCCAUCUCAAUCUUUUCACCCACAAGCAAUAGCUGCAUCCAACCAGCCAUCUUCAUCAGCUGCAAAACGAGGACCUAUUUUAGGACCCAAGGGAAAGAAGCAUAAAUCUGUAUUGCCUGGGGCAUCUUCAAUGAAGUCCAUGCAGUAUGCUUCCUCAGGUCCAACUGGAAGAGGUCAAGUUGCUAAUCGGGGAGUGAAUGAGCCUGCUGAAGCAGCAACAUUUGAUCCAUUGAUUGGGAGGAAAGUGAGGACCAGGUGGCCUGAUGAUAACAACUUUUAUGAAGCUGUUAUAACUGAUUACAAUCCAGUUGAGGGACGGCAUGCUCUGGUAUAUGAUAUGGGUUCAGCAAAUGAGACAUGGGAAUGGGUUAAUCUUUCAGAGAUUUCUCCAGAGGAUAUACAGUGGGAUGGUGAGGACCCUGGAAUCUCUCGUAGAGGAGGUUAUGAUGGAUCAGGUCAUGGGAUGAAUAGAGCAGGUCGUGAUAGUGUUCAGGGUGCAGGUAGAGGUAGAGGGCUUCCAAAGGGGCAAUCUAAAAAAGAUUUUCUGCCAUCACAGAAUGGCAUUGGGAAGAAGGCACCAGAUGAUAUUCAAAUACUUCACACAGACACUCUAAUUAAGGAGGUGGAGAGGGUCUUUACUGCAAAUCAUCCGGACCCUCUUGAGAUUGACAAAGCAAAGAAAGUGCUGAAGGAGCAUGAACAAGCAUUACUUGAUGCAAUUGGGAGGCUUGCAGAUAUUUCUGAUGGCGAAAGUGAUGAAGGUGGCCAUCAGUUCUCCCAUGGGCACUCAAUGGACCGAGAAUGACCGGAGGACCUGGCAUGUCAUAUGAUGAGAAGAUCCAACAUAGGCAUAGACUCUGGCGAUAAACUGGUUGCAGAAGGAUAUGUAAAUGGCAAUGACCCGUAAGAUGUUGAAGAGAUUAUCAAAACUGAUUUUUCUCCUAUAAUGCCAGUCCUCAGAUGAGAUGAUUUUUGUCGACAUGAAAUAAUAAUUCUGGGCUUGGGUCUUUGAGUUAACUGGGGCGAUUAGUUUAUCGGCUAACAGUAUAAUCAGUUUGAGGUAAAAGGCUGAUGCUUGUGUAAAAUUAUUGUAGUGAUUUAACAUGUGAUCCUGUAAAAUAUUCUUGGCCUUUUUAUUGGAUUUCCCAUGUUGCAGAUUGUUGCUGAUUAUUAGUGUGAUUCUGUAAAAGAUUUUUGGCCUUAAAAAGGGAUGUCUUUGACUCUUUAUCUUUC